UCACAAAAAUAUUGCACAAUGUAUCUGUCUAGCGUCUAGACUCUCUUCUUAUCUCUUCAACAUUUAAAACUCUUCAACACAAACUUAGCAGAAGUGUAGAAAACCAAAGUAGUAAAACAAAAUGGCUCUGCAAACAUCUAUGCAGCCUGCCAUAACAGUCUCAGGCAAUGCUGGACUGCGUCGACAAACUUAUCCUCUGGCUCUGAAAUCAUCAUACUUUUCUCCUUCUCUGAAUCUUUUGCGCCCUCGUAAACUUUCUUAUUCCGGUCCUGCUGCACCGAGAUUCUCUAUGCGUUUAGCCAAUAAACAAUCAUAUAUCUGUCGUGAUUGCGGGUACAUUUACAAUGACAGAACACCCUUCGAGAAGUUGCCUGAUAACUACUUCUGCCCUGUUUGUGCAGCUCCAAAGAGAAGAUUUAGGGUAUAUGAGCCUCCUGUCAACAAGAAUGCUAAUGCCACGGAUGCUAGAAAAGCGAGGAAAGCAGAUCUUCAGAGGGAAGAAGCGCUAGGCAAGGCAUUGCCUGUUGGUAUUGCGGUUGGAGCUGUCGCUCUUGUCGCCUUGUACUUCUAUGUCAACAGCACUUUCUAGAGCUAGCUAGCUAAAAGAAGGAAAAGAACUGCAGCUGUAGUGGUCUUCCAUCAAUUUUCUGGCGAUUCUCAUUUGUAGAAUAUGCCCUUACAUUACAUGUUUCUCAUACGAAUAACUUGUUAUAUCCGCAAUGUAUUUCAGCAUUCUAUAAUCAGAGAUCUCAUUUUAUGGUA